CCCUCCUCACUCUAUAAACCCAGCCUCCCACUUUCUCUCCCUCGAAAAGUCCCCAAAAGCUCAGAUUCUCAACAAUGGCAGACAAAGUGGACGCCGAAACCCUAGACGCAGUCCGCUCCGUCGUCUUCAAAGAAUCCGAAACCCUAGAAGACAAAAACUUCACCAGAAUCAGCGGCUACGAUUUCAACAAAGGGGUGGAUCUCGUGGGCCUCAUCUCCUCCAUGGCCUCCACUGGAUUCCAAGCCUCCAAUCUCGGCGACGCCAUCCAAGUCGUCAACCAAAUGUUAGAUUGGAGACUGUCCCAUGAGGAAGUGGCGGAAGAUUGCAGUGAAGAGGAAAGAGAUCCUAGCUUCAGAGAGUCUGUGAAGUGCAAAAUCUUUUUGGGGUUUACUUCGAAUCUGAUAUCAUCUGGGGUUAGGGAUAUUAUUCGGUUUCUUUUGGAGCAUCGGAUGGUUGAUGUUCUGGUUACAACAGCUGGUGGUAUUGAGGAGGACCUUAUCAAAUGUCUUGCACCAACAUAUAAAGGUGAUUUUUCUCUAUCUGGCACCUUUCUGCGAUCAAAGGGAUUAAAUCGGAUUGGAAACCUAUUGGUGCCUAAUGACAAUUACUGCAAAUUUGAGGAUUGGAUUAAUCCAAUUCUUAACAAGAUGUUAGAAGAACAAUCUUCAAAGAAUACAGUUUGGACACCAUCAAAGGUGAUUGCUCGCCUUGGCAAGGAAAUAAAUGAUAAAAGCUCAUACUUGUACUGGGCUUAUAAGAAUGGCAUUCCAGUCUAUUGCCCUGCACUAACUGAUGGCUCUCUAGGGGAUAUGCUGUACUGCCAUUCAAUACGCAGUCCUGGUUUGCUUAUUGAUAUUGUGCAAGAUAUACGAGCCAUUAAUGAGGAAGCUGUUCGUGCUGGCCUUAGAAAAACUGGAAUGAUUAUUCUGGGUGGUGGGCUACCAAAGCACCACAUAUAUAACGCCAACAUGAUGCGUAAUGGUGCAGAUUUUGCUGUUAUUAUCAACACAGCUCAGGAGUUUGAUGGGAGUGAUUCUGGAGCACAACCUGAUGAAGCAGUUUCAUGGGGGAAAAUAAGAGGAUCUGCGAAAAGUAUAAAAGUACAUUGUGAUGCUACAAUUGCUUUUCCUCUGCUGGUGGCUGCAACAUUUGCACAGAGGACAAAAUGACUACAAAGGGACAGUAGGUAUAUGAGUACAUCCACAGUGACAUCGAAGAGGAGUAAAAUAACUGCUGAGCGUUCGUUGGUAUUAUAUCAGCCGAAUUUAUUGCUGCGGUUUUGAGAGAUGGAAUAUCAAACAGUUGGUAUAACUCCACUGGAAGCAUUGACAGUCUCAGAUAGAAAUAUUAUGAUGUAUUUAUACGGCGUGAUGAGGAGUUUGUGGAUCGAUGAAGUGUUAAUUGAUGAUAAGCAUUGCAUUUUUUUUUAAUUUUUGGGGGUAUUAUGGAGGUAUUAUUGUUUCCUUGGAGAUCCCGAGUUAUGUACAAUUAUUUAUAUAUAAUUCUAGAAAGAAUUAUGCAUGUUGAUAAGGUACGUACAUUUUGAAUGUACAUGUUUACUUUUGAACU